GUGACAAGAACCACUUUUAGUGUAUUUUCGUUUAAACGCACUAGUUGGUGGACAAUGCCUAGCCGCGUUUCAGGUGAUGAAGCCAAGGUCACUUAGUUUGGAAUUCCUUGCAUCAGAGGGUUUGGUGUCGUUUUUGGAGAAUGUUAGUAAUUUGGACCUAUGUCCUCAAACACUGAGAAACCAAAUACAGCAAUCAGUCAAGAACACUACUGUGUCAUUUCACCUAAUUAAUGAGUGCUACGAUUUGACCAGGAAAUUAUCUGGCAAUGGUAACGACAGAAUAUAUCUUCCAUUUUGGCGUAUUGCUCAGCUAACGUCAAUUGUCCUACCGAAAAUUAAACAUGUCCAGAAAGAGACUCGUUCAGAUGCUCAUUUCGAAGAACUAAGAAAAAAGUAUGAGAACAAUUGUUACGAAAAAAUGACAAGAGAUUUUGGAUCGUCCCUUGUCUUCUCAACUGCCUCGAGGGUCAAAAGAACAACAGUUUCUGAUUUCAAAUGCCUUAACAAACAGCUUAUUAUGAUCCUUAACUUCUGUAUUAUUGUGGCCUCUGGAUUUGCUUUCGGAUACUUUGUUCCUGAUAUAAUUUUUUCUGGUAACUCAGUGUCCCUCUUUACGCGAAUAGUAUGUGCUCUUUUGAGCUCGUCUAUUGUUUUAGCCGCUGACCUUUACUUUUUGAUAAGGAACUUUAGUUUGAUUGAAAAAGCUUACGGGUGAUUAUCUUUUAAAAUUAAUAUAGAUAUUUGCCUAAUUAACAAUGUUAAUUUUAUUACCAUUUCGUGGUGGCUGAUUUAUUUUAAAUACUGAGGGACGUUAGUGCUUAAGUAGACGGCUGCUUUUCUUAAUGUCUACGAGAGUUUAUACAGAAUACAACACUCCUUUUUCUGCGUAAUAAUCGUGUAAGGUC